GAGACUGUCUCUAGCAGAGAUCAUUUCUCUGUUUGCUUUUACUCACUAGCAACACUUCCCUCUGUGUUGCUUACAGCACAGCAGCCUGUACACACAUCCACAAGACCAUAAAGAAUGCUUCUUUUAUGGCCUGCAACAAGGCCAUCUGCCCCUCCUCUAUAUGCAAACUGGUGAACGCCUGCGCAGAUAGAUGGAGUUUUGCCUCUGAUCAGUGAACAAAGUACGUUAGAUUCAGGGACACAGCAGCCGCCAUUUUCACUGAAUGAGGAACUACAUUUCUCUACGAUUUACUGCAGGAGAUAUUUAGGAAAGGUUCAAAUUUUAAAUUGAAUACUGCCGGUGGUAUUCCACCACCUGUGGAAUUAUAUGGAACAUCGCCAAAUGGAUUGCACUUGAUUGAGAAGUUGGUUUUGGUCAGCUGAUACUUCAACAGAGUCCGGCACCUCCAUCUUGAGGAAAAGGUGGAGCACAAAAAGUUGGAGACAGUCCAAUGGAUGUGCUUGGAGAAAAUGAGGCCCUCCAGCAAUUUUUUAAUGGGCAGGAUGUUAGUGGCAUAUUGGAGAGUGCAGCAGUGGACACCAGCAUUCUUGAACAAUAUCUGAGCAAUGAUAUUGACCCCACUUUUAUGUUACCCGAAUCUCCUCCAGAUUCAGGUUCAGAACCUUGUUCACCACCACAAAUGCCAGAUGUUUGCUUAGGUUCUAAUUGGUCCAGCAAACAGAGCAGUCAUGACACUCUUGCUUUGGCAGGACGGCACCAAAAAGAAAGUCUGUCUGAGCACUCUGAAGUUCCAGCAUCUCCUCAUCACCUUCAUGGCUGGGCUCUGAACCAAAUAAAGUCCAGCACACCUGCAUUAGCUCAGGUUGUUUGUGAUUCUCCUAAAAAACAUACUGCCAACACAAGCCCAGCUGAGGGCUGUUUUCAAGCCAGCACACCACCCACAGCACCAGUCCACAAGGUUACACGGGAAAGCAGACAUCUUCCCAUAGUAGGGGGCUGCACAGAAGCCAGCACCUCCACCGCUUCCCCGUAUCCGUUGCCGCAUGCUGCAUGUCUAGACCCAUUCAUGCCCCCCAAACCUGAGCUGAACUCAGGGACGCAAAUGGUGCCCGAAAGAAAGAAGAGAAGGCGCUCAGGUUCUUUUGAAGAUGACACAGACCAGUGUCAAUGGAAUGACUCUGGCUGGACCAAGACUUCAGUCUUAAGUCUUGAGGACGGGACAUGCGAGAUGCCACAUUAUGAUGGUGAUGCCCAUGGGGCAGGUCCAGUAAUGGGGGCCUACCAGUUACUGACAUGGGACAGGUUCCAGCCCAACCAGUGCAGUUCCCUCUACACCAGCAGUUAUCAAACACUCCCACCCCCUGGCUAUCAUGUGGACACAGAUAAAGGUUUUAGCUAUUCCAGAGCUGAUGAAGCCUUUGUAUGUCAGAAGAAGAAUCACUUCCAAGUCACAGUUCACAUCGGGAUGGUUGGAGACCCUAACUAUGUGCAAACCCCAGCAGGUCCUAUGCCAAUAGAGGGAUUCGAAGUGAAUGUUUUUGGAGUGAAGCUUGAAGCCCAGAACCACCAAAUCACAAUAGAGCAAUCACAGUCUGAUCGCAGCAAAAAACAUUUCCGGCCAGUUCAAGUGAAUUUGCCUGGAAACAAAAUCACCAAGGUUACACUUAGUCGACUGCAUUUUAGUGAGACCACUGCCAAUAACAUGAGGAAGAAAGGCAAGCCUAAUCCUGACCAGAGGUACUUUUUAAUGGUUGUGGGGCUUUAUGCAACUGUCAGGGGGAAAAGUUACAUGUUGGUUGCAAACAUAUCUGAGAGAAUCAUCGUUAGGGCCUCCAAUCCUGGGCAGUUUGAAAAUGACAGUGAGGUGUUCUGGCAGAAAGGACAGACCUCUGACUCAGUGGUGUGUCAAGGAAGGGUUGGGGUCAACACUGACUCUCCAGAUGAGGCUCUUGUGAUUUGUGGGAAUGCCAAAAUAAUGGGCACGGUUAUGCAUCCGUCAGACAGAAGAGCCAAAGAGAACAUUCAAGAGGUGGACUCAACAGAACAACUGAAAAGAAUAGCUAAGAUGAGGAUUGUGGAGUACGACUACAAGCCAGAGUUUGCAUCAAAGAUGGGAAUUGACCAGAUGCACGAAACAGGCAUCAUAGCCCAAGAGGUGAGGGAGCUGCUUCCCACAGCAGUGAGGGAAGUAGGAGAUAUCACUUGCUCAGAUGGACAGAAGCUUCACAACUUCCUUAUGGUGGACAAAGAGCAGAUCUUUAUGGAGAAUGUAGGGGCUGUAAAGCAGCUAUGUAAACUCACAGAUAACCUGGAAAUGCGAAUCCAAGAGCUGGAGGUGUGGAAUGCUCGCCUGGCCAAGCUCAAGAACCUGGGGAGCUUGAGGACCAAAAGUGCCAAUUCUGAUAAAGAAAAAUGCACAAAGAGUAACAAAAAUCCAACAUCAGUGCCCCCCAAAAAAACAUCUUCACUGAAAGUUGGAAAAGAGUAUGUACGUGAGAAAUACCAGUACUGCCUUCAGCACAGAAUUUUUCAAGCUAGCAUCAUUCUUCUGGUGGCAACAAUGGCUUUUUGUGCCAUCUGCAUCACUACACUCUACAUGCUUACACUAAAAGAAGACUCUGAUUAUGUUUCCAGCAACUCCAGCGUGUUUCCAGCACACACUACCACAAACACACUGACUACAGUGUCUCCCACAGCUACAACUCGCCCUUGGCCUCCAGAUGUGGAUUUCUCCAGUGUGUUUUACUCCGAGGACAUUUACUGCUGCCACUUUACCACAGCCGGCGACCACAUUUCUCUUAUGACAAGUCCAACAAGUCCAAGUGUUCAAACAGGCUCUUUACGUGCACCUUUAGAUGCUAUUCAAAGCCUGGGAGAUAAGGCUUGGUGGAAAAACCUCAGACAUUUCAGUGACUGGACAAACACAACCAUCCAGUCAAUUCUUAUUACACAAAAUCAACAAGUCAUAGACAAGUAUUACAUAGACAAAGAAAACUCCGGGAAAGGGAACUACAGCUAUCUGAUCCCUAUCAGUAAACACAUUCCUAUCAACAUGCCCAUCACUUUGCAGAUGAACACUUCUGAGCUAUUGGUGGUCCGCUUGUGUGGGUAUGACCUGAGGGCGGAAUGUGCCACGCUGUUCGACUACAGCCUCUUGGAAUUCAACACUGUUCCCAAUACACAGGGGUAUGUACAUGAGUGGCCACUGCCGGUUUCUCGACAUUACAGAUCAUCUUACCACUUUCGUGCUUCCGUAGCAGGUCAGGCUGACUGUGCCACAGACCCCAACUAUGCUGAAUUGCUGUUUACUGACUACCAUUUCCAUUUCUACCGCCGCUGCCAGUGAUAUGAAAGGAUUUCCUGAUAUCUCACUAUGAACUGAUACUGACCACCAAAGUGGAAAAUAACAGCUUCUCCAAUGCUGUACAGUUGUAUGGUGUGUGUGUGUGUGUUUAAUGAAACAUGGCACUAUAUGGCUUACAAUUCCUGUUAUUAAUGACCUGUUCAUGAUGUUGAAACAAAAAUUGUUGUAUAGAAGUAGCCGUUUCCAUUAGUGUAAUGGAGCCAAUAUACUAUUUUCAUUUUGCCAAAUAUAUUAAAACAUUUUUGGUACAUUUUGUUCCAUUUGUAUUGUUGAGUGUAUUCACAGUAUGUUUUUGUGUCAGCCAGCCUAUGUCCAUAAUAAAAACUGAACAUGGGUUCUACUAACCUUUUA